GGGCGGGGCGGGGCUUGGGGUGGAUCCGGCGCCGUCGCCUUCGCCGCCGCCUCAGCGGAGCUAGUGUGAGCGCGGCCGUGGUGGGAGUCGCAGCGGGUCCCGCAGCCGCGUCCCUCCCUCCUUCGGUGCCCUCGCGUCGCCUCUGGGAUGCGGGGCCGCGCCUCGCCAUGACGGCCUCGGGACGCGUCGCUCUCCGGCUCCGGCUCCAGCCCCAGGCGGCGGCUCCUCUCGGGGUGGUGCUGCGGCGCGCCGCCGCUGUCCGACCCGGCGCCUGCUGACUGCGGCUCCCGCUCCUCCUCCUCCUCCGCCACCGCGCCUACGCCCCGGCUCGGCGCCGGUCCCGAGGAAAUUUGAACAUAACUUUGAAAGAAGACUUCUUUUUCAAUAUUUGAACUCCGUAUAACAAGGCCAUCAGAAUGUCAGGAGCCUCAGUGAAGGUGGCUGUUCGGGUCAGGCCCUUCAAUUCCCGAGAGACCAGCAAAGAAUCCAAAUGUAUCAUUCAGAUGCAAGGCAACUCAACCAGUAUUGUCAAUCCAAAGAACCCAAAGGAAGCGCCGAAGUCCUUCAGCUUUGACUAUUCCUACUGGUCUCACACCUCGCCUGAAGAUCCCUGUUUUGCAUCUCAGAACCGGGUAUACAAUGACAUUGGAAAAGAAAUGCUCUUACAUGCCUUUGAAGGCUACAACGUUUGUAUUUUUGCCUAUGGACAGACAGGUGCUGGAAAAUCCUAUACAAUGAUGGGCAAACAGGAAGAAAGUCAGGCAGGCAUCAUCCCACAGUUAUGUGAGGAACUCUUUGAGAAAAUCAAUGAUAACAGUAAUGAGGAAAUGUCUUACUCUGUGGAGGUGAGUUACAUGGAAAUUUACUGUGAGAGGGUAAGGGAUUUGCUGAAUCCAAAAAAUAAGGGUAAUUUGAGAGUCCGAGAGCAUCCUCUUCUUGGACCCUAUGUGGAAGACUUAUCUAAGCUGGCAGUUACUUCUUAUACAGAUAUUGCAGACCUCAUGGAUGCUGGGAACAAAGCCAGGACAGUGGCAGCUACCAACAUGAAUGAGACCAGUAGCCGUUCCCAUGCUGUAUUCACCAUUGUUUUUACCCAGAAGAAACUUGAUUCUGAAACUAACCUCUCAACAGAGAAGGUCAGCAAGAUCAGUUUGGUGGAUCUGGCUGGAAGUGAAAGAGCUGACUCAACUGGUGCCAAAGGGACUCGAUUAAAGGAAGGAGCAAAUAUCAAUAAAUCUCUUACAACUCUGGGCAAAGUCAUUUCAGCCUUGGCAGAAGUGGAUAACUGCACCAGCAAGAGUAAAAAGAAGAAAAAAACAGAUUUUAUUCCAUACAGAGAUUCUGUUCUGACUUGGCUCCUUCGAGAGAAUCUAGGUGGGAACUCUCGCACUGCAAUGGUUGCUGCCCUCAGCCCGGCAGAUAUCAACUACGAUGAAACUCUGAGCACUUUAAGAUAUGCAGAUCGUGCAAAACAAAUUAAGUGCAAUGCUGUCAUCAAUGAAGAUCCCAAUGCCAAGCUUGUUCGAGAACUGAAGGAGGAGGUCACAAGAUUGAAAGACCUCCUGCGUGCUCAAGGGCUGGGAGAUAUCAUUGAUAUUGAUCCAUUGGUCGAUGAUUACUCUGGAAGUGGAGUCAAAUCCUCCAUGGGGUCCCUUACAACAUCUCCAUCUUCCUGCUCACUAAAUAGUCAGGUGGGCUUAACAUCUGUGACCAGUAUUCAGGAGAGGAUCAUGUCUACUCCUGGGGGAGAAGAGGCCAUUGAACGUCUUAAGGAAUCUGAGAAGAUCAUUGCUGAAUUGAAUGAGACAUGGGAAGAGAAGCUGCGUAAAACAGAGGCCAUCAGGAUGGAGAGAGAGGCCUUAUUGGCUGAAAUGGGAGUUGCCAUUCGGGAAGAUGGAGGAACUCUGGGUGUCUUUUCACCGAAAAAGACUCCACAUCUUGUUAACCUCAAUGAAGAUCCGCUCAUGUCUGAAUGCUUGCUUUACUACAUCAAAGAUGGCGUCACACGGGUUGGCCAAGCAGAUGCUGAACGGCGCCAAGACAUAGUGCUUAGUGGGGCUCACAUUAAAGAGGAGCACUGUAUCUUCCGGAGUGAGAGAAAUCAGAAUGGUGAAGUUAUUGUGACUUUAGAACCUUGUGAGCGCUCUGAAACUUAUGUGAAUGGCAAGAGAGUUGUACAGCAUGUACAGCUACGAUCAGGAAAUCGCAUCAUCAUGGGUAAAAAUCACGUUUUUCGUUUCAACCAUCCGGAGCAAGCACGGGCUGAACGUGAAAAAACUCCAUCAGCUGAAACACCUUCUGAACCAGUCGACUGGACAUUUGCCCAGAGAGAGCUUCUGGAGAAACAAGGCAUUGAUAUGAAACAGGAGAUGGAAAAAAGGCUCCAGGAAAUGGAAAUCUUAUAUAAGAAAGAGAAAGAGGAAGCUGACCUCUUACUGGAGCAGCAGAGACUGGAUUAUGAAAGUAAAUUGCAGGCCCUACAAAAGCAGGUUGAGACCCGCUCACUUACUGCAGAAACCACUGAGGAGGAAGAAGAAGAAGAAGAAGUCCCCUGGACACAACACGAAUUUGAGUUGGCACAGUGGGCAUUCCGGAAAUGGAAAUUUCAUCAGUUUACCUCAUUAAGAGAUCUGCUCUGGGGAAAUGCAGUUUACUUGAAGGAAGCCAAUGCUAUCAGUGUAGAGUUGAAGAAGAAGGUACAGUUUCAGUUUGUUCUGCUGACUGACACACUCUACUCCCCUUUGCCGCCUGAGCUGCUGCCCUCUGAGAUGGAGAAAACUCAGGAUGAUAGACCUUUCCCUCGUACAGUUGUGGCUGUGGAAGUACAGGAUCUGAAAAAUGGAGCAACACAUUAUUGGUCUUUGGAAAAACUCAAACAAAGACUGGAACUGAUGCGAGAGAUGUAUGACAGGGCUGGAGAAAUGGCUUCCAACGCCCAGGACGAUGGAGAAGCAACAAUGACUGGCAGUGACCCUUUUUAUGACCGGUUCCAUUGGUUCAAACUGGUAGGAAGCUCCCCCAUUUUCCACGGCUGUGUGAAUGAGCGCCUUGCUGACCGUACGCCUUCCCCCACUUUUUCCACGGCUGAUUCCGACAUCACUGAGCUGGCUGAUGAGCAACAAGAUGAAAUGGAGGACUUUGAUGAUGAGGCAUUCGUGGAUGACACUGGCUCUGACGCAGGGACGGAGGAGGGAUCAGAUCUCUUCAGUGAUGGGCACGACCCGUUUUACGACCGAUCCCCUUGGUUCAUUUUAGUGGGAAGGGCAUUUGUCUACCUGAGUAACCUGUUGUACCCAGUACCCUUGAUUCAUAGAGUGGCUGUUGUUAGUGAGAAGGGGGAAGUUCGAGGAUUUCUGCGUGUGGCAGUACAGGCUAUUGCAGCUGAUGAAGAAGCUCCUGAUUAUGGCUCUGGGAUUCGGCAGUCAGGAACAGCUAAAAUAUCUUUCGAUAAUGAAUAUUUUAAUCAGAGUGAUUUUUCUUCAGUUGCGAUGACCCGCUCUGGAUUGUCCCUUGAGGAACUAAGGAUUGUGGAGGGGCAGGGUCAGAGUUCUGACAUCAUUACUCCUCCAGAAGAAAUCAUUCGAGGGAAUGAACCAGACUUAAAGUCAGGCACUUUGCUGGAUGGGAAAAUGGUGAUGGAAGGGUUUCCCGAGGAGGUUGGAGACCAUCUGAAGCUGGGCAGUGCUUUCACUUUCCGUGUGACGGUAUUGCAGGCCAGUGGGAUCCUCCCAGAGUAUGCAGACAUCUUCUGCCAAUUCAACUUCUUACAUCGUCAUGAUGAAGCAUUCUCUACUGAACCCCUAAAAAACAACGGCAGGGGAAGUCCUCUCGGCUUUUAUCACGUUCAAAAUAUUGCAGUGGAGGUAACGGAAUCCUUUGUGGACUACAUCAAGACCAAGCCUAUAGUAUUUGAAGUUUUUGGGCAUUACCAGCAACACCCUCUUCAUGUUCAGGGACAGGAGCUUCACAGUCCUCCUCAACCAUCCCGGCGGUUCUUCCCUCCACCCAUGCCGCUGUCCAAACCAGUGCCAGCAACAAAGUUGAACACUAUGAGCAAAACCAGCUUGGGCCAGAGUAUGAGCAAAUAUGACCUUCUUGUUUGGUUUGAGAUCAGUGAACUGGAACCUACAGGAGAGUAUAUCCCAGCUGUGGUUGAUCACACUGCAGGCCUUCCCUGUCAAGGAACAUUUCUGCUUCACCAGGGCAUCCAGCGGAGGAUCACAGUGACCAUUAUCCACGAGAAGGGCAGUGAGCUCCACUGGAAGGAUGUUCGAGAGCUGGUGGUAGGUCGAAUCAGGAGCAAAGCAGAGGUGGAUGAAGCAGCUGUUGAUGCCAUUCUUUCUCUGAACAUCAUCUCUGCCAAGUACCUGAAGUCUUCCCACAACUCUAGCAGGACCUUCUAUCGUUUUGAGGCUGUGUGGGACAGCUCUUUGCAUAAUUCCCUCUUGCUGAACAGAGUGACACCCUAUGGAGAGAAGAUCUACAUGACCCUGUCUGCAUACCUAGAGCUUGACCAUUGCAUUCAACCAGCUGUGAUCACUAAGGAUGUUUGUAUGGUCUUCUAUUCAAGAGAUGCCAAGAUCUCACCACCACGCUCUCUUCGCAGCCUGUUUGGGAGUGGCUACUCCAAGUCCCCAGACUCAAACCGUGUAACUGGAAUUUAUGAACUCAGUUUGUGCAAAAUGGCAGACACAGGCAGUCCCGGUAUGCAAAGGAGAAGAAGAAAAGUUCUAGACACAUCUGUGGCCUAUGUCCGUGGAGAAGAGAACCUAGCAGGCUGGCGGCCCAGAGGAGACAGCCUUAUUCUUGAGCAUCAGUGGGAACUGGAGAAAUUAGAGCUUCUCCAUGAGGUAGAGAAGACUCGUCAUUUCCUGCUGCUCCGUGAGAAGCUUGGCGACAGCAUCCCCAAGUCCCUGAGUGAUUCCCUGUCUCCUAGCCUCAGCAGCGGGACCCUGAGCACCUCCACCAGCAUCUCUUCUCAAAUCUCCACCACCACCUUGGAGAGUGCAGUCACACCGAGUGAGAGCAGUGGCUACGACUCAGCUGACAUCGAGAGUCUGGUGGAUCGGGAGAAAGAGCUGGCUACCAAGUGCCUGCAACUUCUCACCCACACUUUCAACCGAGAAUUUAACCAGGUACACAGUAGCAUCAGUGACUGUAAGUUGUCUGAUAUUUCUCCAAUUGGGCGAGAUCCAUCAGUGUCCAGUUUCAGCAGUGCCACCCUCACCCCUUCGUCUACCUGCCCCUCUCUGGUAGACUCAAGGUGCAGCUCAGGGGACCAGAAGACCCCAGAAGCUAACUCUCGGGCCUCUAGUCCCUGCCCAGAGUUUGAACAGUUCCAGUUGGUCCCAACAGUGGAGACGCCUUACUUGGCUCGAGCUGGAAAAAAUGAAUUCCUCAACCUUGUUCCAGAUAUUGAAGAAAUUAGACCUGGCUCAGUGGUCUCUAAGAAGGGGUACCUCCAUUUUAAGGAACCAUAUUCCAGCAAUUGGGCUAAACAUUUCGUAGUGGUACGACGUCCGUAUGCAUUCAUCUACAACAGCGACAAAGAUCCAGUAGAGCGAGGGAUCAUUAAUUUAUCUACAGCCCAAGUGGAAUACAGUGAGGACCAGCAGGCCAUGGUGAAGACAUCCAGCACCUUUGCUGUCUUCACAAAGCACCGCGGCGUCCUUCUCCAAGCUAUCAAUGACAAGGACAUGAAUGACUGGUUAUAUGCCUUUAACCCACUCCUUGCUGGCACAAUACGGUCAAAACUCUCUCGCAGACGCACAGGUCCAUUGAAGUACUGAGCAGGUGCUGCAGAGCCCCCUCCCUUGCCUUCAGACAGAGAAAAAGGGUCACCACUCAUUCUCUUUGUGCUUCUUGACAGUUCUUCUUGUAUGUGCUCCUGUGGCUUAACUACUGCUCCUUCCCCACCAUGUGGUUUUCUAGCCCUCUUGUUCCCUAACCCUUCUUGCUCUGUCUUCUUUUCAUUUCUCCUCUGCUGAGAGUACUACUAGUAGCAUGUGGUCAAACAAAAGGACGAAUGGAAAAAAGAGGAGAUCCGAUGAAUCUCCAAAUUUUUUUUGUUGGGGUAGGGGUGUUCAUUUUGGAUUAUUGGUUAGCUCCUCUGACCACCUUUGGAUAUUUUCGUCUGUCGUUGAAAACUGCUUCUGACUUUUCUUCCCCUUUCCUGAUUUGUGGUGAGGUCAUUACAGUUUCCCCAGUGACCUCGAACCUAUGGGAAGGGGAAGGGAUCCAGCCCCUUUGUCACUUGGAUAAGGGGCCUCACGCUGACAGAAAUCACAGUUAGACACUUUCUUGGGUUUUUGUUUUUCUUCUUCUUCUGGCUCUGAUUUAUCCUUAAGUUUCUUUCCAGACAAAGCAGCUAUAAUGAAAAUUGGACUCUUUUGUGAGAAUUAAUUGGAGCUCGCCUGAAAAGAGACUUUGUAAUAGUUUAGCUGAAGGUCGGGGGUGUUGGGGAGAAAAUUAUUUUCAGUAGGCUUGAAGCAGUGGCUUUCUCUAUUAAAUGAAAGUGGCUCUACUAUUGGCAUCAGGUAAGGAGUGUGAGAUGUCAGCUUGCAUGCCACUGUGCCGUUACGGUCCAAACAUCCAAACUGUAAGGGGUGGAAACAGGUAGACGAAUUCUCCCGAGUCAUCACUCCCUGGAAGUCCCAUGCAGCCCUGUGGGCCGUAGGAUCAGGAAGGAAAGUUGAUUCACUGGAACUUGAAACUUAUCUCCUUAGCACUAGUAAUGUUACUGGGGUUGCCCUUUGGAAUACAUGCAUUGGAGUAUAAGAAUUAGCCAGAAGGGGGGAAUGUUUCAUUUGUGAUGAGUAAUAAUAUUAUUGUUGUUAAUUGAUGAAGUCAUAAUUGACCCAAGAAAACUAUUAUCAAAAAGAGUGGUAAUCAAGCGUCCCUACCUUUGGUCCCACUGGCCUUCAUCCAAGAGGAGAAAGUAUAUUCCUUCUGUGUCCAUAUAUACUUCUAGCUUUAUUUUGCAGGUCCCUGAGUUGAGAUGGCCAAAACAAAAUCUCCGCUGAAGUGUGUUUGUGUCUGUGUGUGUGUGUGUGUGUGUGUGUGUAUACACAUAAAUAAGGGCAUGCAAAGGAGGAGAAAACAAUGUAUGCCUGAACUCAUGAAUUUGGUGUCAGAUUUUUUCCUUCCCUUAGAGAGAAGCUAUUCUUAUGCAUUCUCUUAUCCCUCCUGCUCUCUGCCUUUCUUCCCUAGAGAUUUAGUGGGUCUUGCUAGAACAGAAGAAAAGGGCUCCCUACUGAGAAAGGAGAAAGCUGCUCCUGAGCAAGGGCAUCCUCACCUCUAGGCAACUUCAUCUGCUUCAGAGGGAUGAUCCCUGGAGAGCAGCAUGCUGCCCCUCUUAUCCUGUCUGUUCUUUCAUUGGCCAUUGAGUUUUACAGAAAUGACAGAAGAGAACAAAGGUCUCCAGGUUACCUCAGUUAAUUUAUUAGAUGACUGGAGAUUCUUAUGCCAUCCUCUGCUUCCUUCCAAAGUAGCACUCUAUUCCACCGUAGCCACGCUUGAAGGCUGUGCACUGAGAUCUCAGCCUUGAGGUUGACGGUGUUCCCCAACAAGGCCCAGGUAGAUUAUGAUCAUGGCAGCCAGAGAAGUCUAUGGGAGUGCUGAUUGCCUUCUCCACGGAGCUGUCCAUCAGUCCAUCUCCAUCUCACCCCUUCAGCGCUAAGUUCCCCUGCUUCAUCCACCAGAGCCUGCAGUUAAGAGGAUGAACAAGUCUGAGAGCUUGGUACAAGAGGAACAGGAAGGCCAAGAUCGUACCGUGGUGGGCCCGAGCUAAAACCCUCUCUCGUGGAUUCUUCCGUUCCCCCCAUCUCAUUUAUUUUAUUAGCUGUUUGUGGGAUUUUUACUGCUCUCAGAUGUUUCUUUGUUAUCUCUGGAGUGGACACAACAUGCAGUCCUGGCGUGGUACAAACCAGGAUCUGUUCAUGCUGUGGACGGCUUCCUGGUCGAAGUUCAUCAAGCCUACUGAUGAAUGAAGAACAAAGUGGAAGCUCACUUAGGCCUUGCGUGAUAAGGCUGAGGCUGUUGUCAUGCCUAACUCAAGAGGACAUAUCUGUUAUAGGUGUGGGUGAGAAGGCCGAGAGGCAGUAAGAUCAUGUGGCCCACUCAAGUGACUUGGGUUUAGUUUGGGUUUGUUUUGUUUUGUUUUGUUUUUUAAGUAGAACAAAACUAGUUGGGAAAGUCUUUGCUUUGGGUAAGUCAGAUGAGUUAAUUGAAUUACACAUCUACACUGAUCACAGCUAAGAGACCUAUGUUUGAAAGCAAGAGGAAUGGCGCCAUCCUGCGGCAGGGACCAGGACAGGUGUGUGGCUGCUGCUUGUCCCUAUUGAAGCUACUUUGCCCCGCUCCUACCUGGCUGCCAGGCACAGCUUCUGUGUCUCCUGAGGAUCUAGGCUUGCACCACUCCUACCUAGGUCCCCAGGAAGUGGGUCUGGUGGCAGCGACUGCCGUAUGAUGCUUUGAGUAGACAGAUCCAACUGCAGUCACACAGGUGGAAAUAAUCAACUGAUUCUAAGUUACUUGCUGUUCACAUGUUCACAAGGCAAUCUGAUUGGUUCUAGAGCCUUAAAAAACACCCUAAGAAUUAAAGGGGAAUGUGUGGCACUGUUUCCUCCCCUUUCCUUGUCCCCUCUUAUCUGCUCAAACCUCCUUCCCCUUAAGAAAGCAAUAGCUUGUGUUCAGAAAUGCUACCUGAUUUUGUGCAGCCUGCUUGGGAGUCAGCCAGCUCUCAGGGCAGGGACCAUGCCAGGGGCCAGCCAACCCACUGACCAUGGCCGCCAGAACAUGCAACUUCAGUAGUGAUUUGGAAUUCUUAAAUUGGAUUUUUAAAAAUUAUUUAGUUAUAUCAAAAAUGAUUGUCCCCUAGCCAAGAAACACAGGACAGUUUUGGCUUUUUGGUAACUACAUAAAAUUUAUGAACCACUUAACACUUUAUUUUUUCUCUAUCCUAAGAUUAGGGGGAGGGAAAUAAAAUCAUUGUAAAAGGUCUUUUUCAGACCAAAAAAAUAGUGACUUUCCUGGCACAUAUUUCAAAGCAAAGACUUUGCUGCCUGCUGCUUAUUAUCUAAUUUACAGGGAUAUUUAAUUUUGUUUUGUAAUGUAUUGUAUAUUUACACAUCUGUAAUUAAUUGCACAUUAGACUGGAAAAAAAGGAUUAUCCAGAGGUUAGCACUAAUUGGUGUUCUCCGUUUGACUCCUACUGCCUGGCCACCACUCUGUUUCUAUUGUACAGCAUCAAUUCUUCCGUUCUUGUGGGCCUUUGUCUUUCCUUUUAGUUUUGUUCUCUUUUUAAAGGCCAGUUGUUAACCUGCUUCUUAAAAAGAGACUAAUGCUGCUGUUCUCGGAAGGUUUUCUGAAUGAAUGUAUUUGAAAUAGGACUCUAACUUGUGUGCAUUGCAUCUGUCCACUGUGGCUACUAAUUAAUUACCCAAUGUUCCAAACCAUUACUAUAUGUACUGGGAAUGUAUUAACUUUGUGCUUCCUUGUUAAACGGAAACAUCAGCUGUUCAGUAAAGAGAGAGUUUUGUUGUUCAAAAGGCCAUUUAUGAAAUUUUGGUCCAAGUCCCAUAAGAAAUUUAGGAAAACUGGCAGUUAUUUAAGAAACAGAAAACUUCUGUGACUGAUAGUAAGUUUCUCUCCAAAACCUACAACCAAAUAGCUGUGCUCAGAUGGAAAGCUAGAGGGAUGCUGGUGUUUCGCCACACCUUUGCUGCCGUGUUGUUUUCUCACGUCUGGCAUUAGUUGACCUACAUGGUUCCAUCAACACUCAUGUGUUUUGUGUAUUUUCGAUGUUGUUGCUAAAAAUGCUCUUCCCUCAUACCCAUCUCCCAUCGACACCCUCCCACCCAACAACAAAAACCAUAAAGCAUAAGUGGCCUUCUUGAACCAAUACUUUGCAAACUGAUCUCUCCCCAGUGAAGGAAUCAAGCACAUUAGCAAUGAUGUACAUUAUUAAUUUCAGAUUUUCAUUUCAUGUUUUAUUUUGUAAAUAUAUCUGAUGUUUGGAGCUUCAGUAUACAAAAUGUAAAUAUAGUUCGUGUAUUUGUACUAAUUUGGAUUCAUUUGCUGUAUAGCCUUAGAUGUGCAAUGCAGACAUUAAAUAACUGUGUAUGGUAACCUUGCACCAUGGAACUGUUAGUGAACGAGGUAAAACAAUAAAGGUACAACCAGUGCAUCCAG